AUGGACCAACAAGAACUAUAUUUAGAACCAUCUCAAGUGAUGCUGGUUGCUGAAUGUGAGGAAGAAACUAAUGAUGAAGUAGUUCCCGAGCUAAAUGUUCAGCUAAGCAAAGAACAACAGGAGAUAGUAACGUCGAUUGAAAAUGGAUUUUCGACAUUCUUCACUUCUCCAGCCGGAGGAGGAAAGAGUGUGACGUUGAUACAUAUCAAACGGCGGUUGCAAGAAAAGUAUGGCAAUGACUUUGCUAUCACAUCAAUGACUGGCAAGAGUGCCAUACCAUUGGGAGGGACAACACUUCAUCGGUUUGUGGAUAUUGGACUUGGUGAGGGAGAGGUUCUUGCAUCUAGAACACAGAUUAGUCUAAUUCUUGGGUUUGGAAUGACUAUUCAUCGAUCUCAAGGGUUGACAUUAGCCAAGGUGGUGAAUUUCAGCACAGACAAGGUAAUAGUGAAUGCUAAAGUCAAGGCAUUUAAUGAGGAGUUACAAAGCACGGUUAUGUUGAGAGCACCGCAGGCGGCAAUUACACAACAAAAGAGAUCUAGGAAAAGGAGUAAGCCAUUAGCGCGAGGGCAGAAACAAUUGAAGUUGCUGAGUAGUUGUGGAAAAAGUAAGCACACGGGAAACAGGGAUGAUGAAAUUUCAGGGCCGAUUUUGACGAGGUUAAGGAAAGUUUAA